CACCAUACAACGGCACCCACCCUAAACUAAACUGUCUGCUCCGGUAGAGAAGCACUGACGAAAACACUUCCAAGACACGGUCUCCUCUGACAUUUUUUUUCUGGACACUUUAAGAGUUUUUACAUGUGGGAAGAUGCAUUCGGACAACCUUGAGAAAGUGGGUUCGCUGAGGAAACGGACGCUCUCACGGGGUAUGAGUGAAGACGAGUCUCUACGGCACAUUAUCAGAGACGCAGAAGAAUCGAGCAGACACCUGUCGCGCAGUGAUAGCAGAUAUGGAUCAUUAAAAAGAGGACAAAAGCAAGAAAGCCAUAGUGAGGAUGAUCUACUUUCUGAAAACACAGAAAUGAUGGAGAUGAGAGCAAACUAUGAGGACUCUUUGCAGGAGGUGCGAACCCUUGAGCUCCAGCAGGAGACUCUUCUGUUCCAGGUGGACUGUCUUCAGGACGCCCUCGAGAGCACGGAAGAGAUGCUCGCUGAAACCCAGAGAGAGAAUCAUACUGUCACUAUGGAACUGGAGCGAGAAAGAGAGAUGAGGAGGAAGUUGGAGGACAAGGUUGCCUCAUUAAUGCAGGAGGUGGAGAGGUUAAAGGAGGAAAGAAACAGCGAGCAGCUUCAGUCACAUCACACAGGGCCCGUCUGGCUCCAGGGUGCUCCGGAGGGGACGUCAGUGGACCAGGACGCCAGGCCGCUCGCAGACCGUGAAGGCACUUCAGUGGAUCCGAACGCAAGCCCAUUAUUAAAACUGAAGAAAAUGGUCGACCAAACAUUGAGUCAGUCAGUGUUUCACAGUCAGAAGCAUGAAGCUCAGGGUGGAGAUGAUAAUGAUGAAAGCAGCGGCUAUGAAGAUGCUCCGUCCGAGUUCUCACCCAGUCCUUCCACUCCUGACACGCAGCUGGGCGGAGAUUUGGUGGAAAGUGAAGCUGAAGAUGAAGGUGAUGAGACGAAUGAGGAUGGGAUGCCUAAAAAUUCUGAUUCGUGUGCUCUCUCUUAAAUCAUAGUGCUGAUAAACCUAGAUUUAAUCAUUCGUCUGCUAGAAGUAUGACACUUUAUCCAAGUUACCUUCAUUCAAACAGCCUUUGCACAAGAACUUUAAAAUGAAGACUACUUUGUUUUACUCAGUCAACAAAAUUAUUUAGGAAAAGAAGGAAUCUGCACUUUGUUUCUGCUGGUAAAUUUAAUGUAGUUUUUUUUAUAUAGCUAUUUUUAUGUUGGACUUUGUUACAUUCCUGUUCACCCUGCUAUUAAACAUGAGCUGUCCAGCAAUUCCAAGACACAAGGUAAUACUUUAUAUUUGUAUUUCGGCCAUAUUGAUAAUAAUGGAAUUUAAUUCUUUAUAUUGUAUUAAUAAUCAAGGUACAACAAUCACUUAAAGGACAAAAUACAACAGAGACUUUCUUUGAUAGCUUGUUGGUGUUACAUUUCCAACAUUCCUUUUGCAAAUCUUGCAAUAGAAAUUUUGAUUUGGUCUUAAAGGAGUCUUAAAACAGAUGGUAAUAUGCCUAAAUUGUCCUACCUGCAAACUACCUUAAAACUGUGCACAUGCGUAUCUAGAAAAAAGCUGUUUAAAGCAAAGCAUAGUUACACCAAAUAUUAUUUUUUUACUUGAUUUAAAGUAACUGUAUGUAGUUUUAUGAAUUUUUGUGACUUUGGAGCCCCCUACAGUUAAGUGAGUGGCAUUUGCUGUUGUAAAUAUACCACUGUUGUUAUUACAGCAUUGGUUGCUGUCGUAAAUCAGUCCGGACUUUUUCGCGGUUGUGGCUAGAAGGGAUACAGCUACGGCCGGACAUAUUGCUACCUAUCACAUUCUGUUUUAUUAACUAAACCUACCCUUUACAAUAAUGCACAUACAGCAAUUUUUGUUGUUCAGCAUGGCAAAAAUGUUGCAAUAUUAUGACGCAAAUUUAAAAUGACGCAACAUUGAUGUGCGUAUUCCAAGUACGCCCUGGUGGCUCUAACCUCAACACCUUUUUGCAGAAUUUCAUACCCGCUCAGCAAACUUACACACUCCCAGAACAGGUGUCUGUGAAGGAAACAAAAGCCGUUCGCCUUUUUAGAAACCAAUGUACCAACAAAGUGAGUUUUGAACUGAUAUUUCAAAGUGUUUCAAAUGGUUUGUUUGGGUCAAACCAUCUGUUGUUCACAGGACUCUUGUUCAUAUGAAAUGUAAACUAUUUGUACCAGUUAAUUUAGUACUUUACAGAAUUAUGUAUAAAAGGGAUGUUUUCAUUUAAGUUUUUUAGAUUCUUAAUUUCACAAAAGUGGUGAUUGAGUAUAACUUCUUUAUACAGCAAAGAUUUUAAAACAUUCUUCUUUUUUUUUUUUCUUUAAGAAAUAUGACAAAGCGUCCUUAUUGUUUUUGGUGGCUGACUUUUAUUCCACGCCCCCCCCCCCAACAAGAUCUUGUUUCUCAGGGAAUUUCGAAUACGUACUGAUUCAUUGCUAAUAAUGUAACUGAUUAUCAGUGAAGUGAUGUUUCUGUUUUAUAGACAAUUCAACACAAGAUGUCUUUACUACUAAACUACUGUAAGUAGUUUUUAUAUGCGAACUUAUUAGAUUAGGAAAUGUGUAUGAUUCAUUGGAAUCCUACAGCUGGAAAAAAAAGUUCAUUUAAAAAGAAAAGAAAGAAAACUGAUUUGUGAAAUGGGCCCUAUGUUUGUUUGUAGUUUUUUAUUCAAUAUCUCUCUGAAUAGUUCAGAAGCUUUAUCCCAGCAUUACCCACAUUACCAUGUUAUAGUAAAAUCAGUAAAAUAUUGUAUUGCUUGCUAUUUCAAAUAUGAAGCUGAUAUCACACGUGCGCUCUUUUAAUCUCAGGCUUGUUCAUAAGCAGUGUGUAAGUGAAGCAGCAGGUCGUGUUGAUGUGUAGGGUUAUUGUGCUUGUUCAACAUUCUGCCCAGUGUGCUGCAUGUGGCAAAAAUUAAAGCUUAGCACCAAAACGCUCCUUGCACCUACACUUCUGCUACACAGGCCCUAUUUCUACUGGCCCAGGUGUAGUUUAGAGAUUUUUAUUUAGCUAUAAAAUAUGUUUUUAUUCUCAGCUUGUCAUUCCAAUAGUUUUAAAAGUAUAGUUUCAGUUUUCAAGUUAAAAUAUUAUUAUUUCAGUGUUUUCUUAAGUUUAAUCUUAGAUUUCCCAACAUGUUUAGAUUUUAUAGCUUUAGUUGUAAAAAUGCCAAAAACAACAUUGAUUGACUCUUUGAUGUAAUCAGCAUCCAAUGAGCUGCAUGCUUCCUCUGGCUCCAGCAUUUAAAUAGUCUUGCCUUGUGUUUGCUGUAAGCUGGUCUCACUGCAGUCUAGCUGUUGGUCUGCUGUAUGGUGAAAGACAAUUGCUGUGCUUAUUUUCCUCAUUUGUAAAAUGUUGUCAAGAUGGCGGCUUUAAUUUAUUGCAUAAGCAGGGAUGGGCAUGAGAAGCCUACGAAGGUUUGAGGCUUUAUGCUGGGAUGUGCCGACUGAUGAUUUGAAUCUUUGAUACAUUACCGGUUGACGCCAUUUUGUGGUGGACAUUAAAA